ACAGCAGGCAGCAUCAUCUGCUCGGUGCCCCUGGUUUGUGAAUUCUGCGAUAAGAAUGGGUUUAGGCUGUGUUCAUACAAACGCUAAUCUGACAUAGGAGUGUAGAGCACGUUGCCUUGGCUCUCCUGCUGAUGCUGCGAUGUGAUGGGGAUUUUAAGUCAACCUAAUCUGACAUAGUACUAUUUGGAAAGUGGACAUACAUGCGCAAAUCAGUGGAAAUAAUACAGCGCGCCGAAAAAUGAAGACAGCUAUGCGUCAUGGGGUUGCAGUGUUCUUCGGCAUAACCAUGUGCACCAGUUUGUUCUUCGUGUACAACGCCAGCUUCAGCAACAGCAACUCUUCACGAAGCCCGACCGAUGCGUCGAGCCCAAAGACUAAGCUGUCCCCCAGUACACCUGUCAAGGCGCACAAAUCUCCCCCCACAGCUUUGCAAGGAUACAACAGCAUCAUUGACCACAAGCCCCUGAGGAUGCACUGCAACAGCUGUGCCCUGGUCACCAGCUCGGGCCACCUGACGGGUGGGGGCCGUGGCGCGGAGAUCGACCAGGCCGAGUGCGUCAUCCGCAUGAACGACGCGCGCGUGGUGGCCCACUCCAGCAUGCAGCGCGUGCUGCGCGGCCGCCACGACCUGCUCAACGCCAGCCAGGACGCCGCCUUCAUCUUCUGGGGGCCCAGCAACUACAUGCGGCGCGACGGCAAGGGCCUGGUCUACAACAACCUGCGCCUCAUGAACCAGGUGCUGCCCAAGCUCAAGGUCUACAUCAUCUCCUGGCAGAAGAUGCUGCAGUUCGACGACCUGUUCAAGAAGGAGACGGGCAAGGACAGACGGAUUUCCAACUCAUGGCUGAGCACUGGCUGGUUCACCAUGACCAUAGCUCUGGAGCUGUGUGACAGGAUCAAUGUUUACGGCAUGGUCCCUCCAGACUACUGCAGAGGCUCUGAGCGUCCGUCCGUGCCCUAUCACUACUACGAGCCGUUGGGGCCGGACGAGUGUGCCAUGUACAUCUCCCACGAGCGCGGUCGCCGUGGCAGCCACCAUCGCUUCAUCACGGAGAAGCGUGUCUUCGCCAAGUGGGCCCGGACGUUUGACAUCCACUUCUACCAGCCCGACUGGGCCCCGCCGCCCCUGCCCAAAAACCAGACCGACCCCGACGUCGUGGCCCCGACUGCCACCGUUCCGUCUGGCGCCCAGAGGACGUGACCUGCGCAGCACUUUGCCAUCCCUUUUGUGACAGAGUUUUGUUUGGGUCAAGG